AUGGCCAAGGCAUGGAUCACCCUAGUGGGGCUAUUAUUUAUAUGUUGCUGGUCAUCUACAAUGGGAGCUGAAGAACAUGUUCUAUACAAAGAUCCAACGAAGCCAGUUGAUAAAAGGGUUAAGGAUUUGCUAAAAAGAAUGACACUUGAUGAGAAGAUUGGACAAAUGGUCCAGCUUGAAAGAACUAACAUGACUGCUGAAAUCAUGAGAAAAUACUACAUUGGGAGCUUGUUGAGUGGAGGAGGGAGUGUGCCAGCUGAUAGGGCUUCUCCAAAACAAUGGGUUGAUAUGGUGAAUACGUUCCAAAAAGGUUCUCUAUCAACCCGUCUUGGCAUCCCAAUGAUCUAUGGAAUUGAUGCAGUCCAUGGCCACAACAAUGUUUACAAAGCAACCAUUUUCCCUCAUAAUGUUGGCCUUGGAGUUACCAGGGAUCCUGCCCUUGUGAAGAAGAUUGGUGCUGCAACCGCGCUUGAAGUUCGAGCAACUGGAAUUCCGUAUGCUUUUGCUCCAUGCAUUGCGGUCUGCAGAGAUCCAAGAUGGGGCAGGUGUUAUGAAAGCUAUAGUGAAGACCACAAGAUUGUCCAAAUGAUGACUGAGAUCAUCCCUGGUUUACAAGGAGAUGUCCCUGCUAAUUUUCAAAGAGGCACCCCUUUUGUUUCUGGCAAAGACAAGGUUGCAGCUUGUGCCAAGCACUUUGUUGGGGAUGGUGGCACUGUCAAGGGCAUUAAUGAAAACAAUACCAUAGUUACCCAUAACGAACUCUACAACAUCCACAUGCCUGCCUAUUUGAAUUCACUUGAUAAGGGUGUUGCAACAGUCAUGGUAUCCUAUUCGAGCAUCAACGGCUUAAAGAUGCAUGCUAACCGUGGAUUGGUUACCCGUUUUCUCAAGAGGAAACUCAAGUUCAGGGGUUUUGUCAUCUCAGAUUGGGAAGGAAUCGACAGGAUCACCUAUCCACCUCAUAAGAACUACAGUUACUCUAUUCUAAAGUCGGUUAACGCUGGCGUCGACAUGGUUAUGGUUCCUUACAACUACAUAGAGUUUAUUAAUGGUUUGACCGAUUUGGUUAACAAGAAGGCCAUUCGCAUUCAACGCAUAGAUGAUGCAGUUAAGAGAAUCUUGAGGGUCAAGUUCGCAAUGGGUCUCUUUGAAAAUCCACUUGCCGAUUACAGUUUCGUUGACAAGCUUGGAAGCAAGGAGCAUAGAGAACUAGCCAGGGAAGCUGUGAGGAAAUCCCUUGUGCUGUUGAAAAAUGGAAAAUUUGCUAAAAGCCCUGUGGUGCCUCUUCCUAAGAAAGCAAGCAAGAUCCUUGUUGCUGGAACUCAUGCUGACAAUCUUGGCUAUCAAUGUGGUGGCUGGACAAUAAAAUGGCAGGGACAAGAGGGAAAUAACCUGACUGCUGGCACCACCAUCCUUAAAGGCAUCCAAGCUGCCGUUGAUCCAAGCACUAAAAUAGUCUUCAAAGAGAAUCCUAAAGCUAAAUACGUGAAGUCCCAGGGCUUCUCCCAUGCCAUUGUUGUUGUGGGCGAGCCUCCAUAUGCAGAGACAGCAGGCGACAAUCUGAACCUGACGCUCCCAAAUCCUGGUCCGGAGAUAAUAAACAACGUCUGCGGAGCUGUCAAAUGUGUUGUAGUCAUCGUCUCCGGUAGACCACUAGUGAUUGAAUCAUAUGUUCCAAAGAUUGACGCUCUUGUGGCAGCAUGGCUUCCAGGAAGUGAAGGCCAAGGUGUUGCCGAUGUUCUAUUCGGCGACUAUGGAUUCACUGGCAAGUUGGCUAGAACUUGGUUCAAGAGGGUCGAUCAGCUUCCAAUGAAUGUUGGUGACAAGCACUACGAUCCACUCUUCCCAUUUGGUUUUGGCCUUGAGACUAAGCCUUCAAACUAG